AUGGGUACCAAGCGUCAAAGAGACAGGAGUGACCGCAAAGGUUCUCAAAAAAAGUACAAGAAGUUGAAUGGUGGUAUAGCCACUGCAAGCAAUCUCAAACGCGAAAACAACUUUGGCAAGCUUUCUCAUCUGGAUGAAGAAUCUGAUUCAGACUACGUUUUUGAUUACAACAGCAGAGGUCAGUCUCCUGAGAAGGAGCUAAUUCUAGUUGAUAGCGACAUUGAGAAUGAGAGCGACGGCAAUGAUAGAGAUGAUGACAUGAGUAAGACAGGAGAAAACAAAGACGCAAGCCAAGAAGGAAAUGAAUUGACAACUAAUCAGGAUUUUAUACAAUUUGGCUUUCUGUCCUCAGACAAUGACGAUGACAGCGACAGUGACAACGACAACGACUAUAAGACAGGGAGUACUAAUGAGCCUUCAACGGAGCCAAACUCUUUGUAUCCAUGGAUAAAGGAUCACGACCAUUCAACACAGAAAGAAAUAGCCGAUUGGCUUACAAUGGAAAUGAAGGACUUUGUCAGCUACAUUUCUCCCUCUAGAGCCGAAAUAGUUACCCGAAAUAAUGUUAUAAACACAUUGAAGAGAGAAGUAUCUUCUUUUUGGCCAGGAACCGAAGCUCAUGUGUUUGGAUCCUGUGCAACAGACUUGUAUCUUCCGGGUUCGGAUAUCGAUAUGGUAGUGAUAUCUAGCACUGGGGAUUAUGAGAACAGGUCUAGACUAUACCAACUAUCAUCCUUUCUCAGAGCUAAGAAUUUGGCUAAAAAUGUGGAGGUCAUAGCUAGUGCAAAGGUUCCAAUAAUUAAAUUUGUUGACCCUGAAUCCAAUUUACCUAUAGAUAUAUCAUUCGAACGUACGAACGGUUUAGACGCUGCCAGGCGAAUAAGGAGGUGGCUACUUGCCACUCCAGGGUUGCGUGAGUUAGUAUUGGUAGUAAAACAGUUUUUAAGGUCUAGGAAACUAAACAAUGUCCAUGUUGGUGGUCUUGGGGGGUAUGCCACAAUCAUUAUGUGCUACCAUUUCAUGCAAUUACAUCCAAAGAUUUCCACUAAUACUAUGAAUGCACCUGAUAACCUAGGAGUUUUACUCAUUGAAUUUUUUGAACUAUACGGGCGUAAUUUUUCAUAUGAUAAUCUUAUUAUAUCAAUUGAUCUGGAGACGCAGUUGCCACGCUAUUUGCAUAAGGGAAGACACCCUAGUCUAAAUACAGCAAGAAAUACAUUUUCCAUUGUGAUACAAGAUCCAGCUGAUCCAAGUAAUAAUAUAACUCGGUCAUCCUACAAUCUUAGAGACUUGAAGAAAGCUUUUGGUGGUGCAUAUCAACUCCUUGUUGCCAAAUGUUAUGAACUAAAUGCCGCUCCGUAUAAAGAGAGAUUGGGACAACUGAUUCUUGGUGACAUUAUAAAAUUCAAGGGAAAAGAGAGAAAUUUUGUUGACGAGAGACAUUUGGUGCAAAAUGAUGCUCUUAUCCAUCAUGAGAAGGAACUAGUUUCACUAGAUGGUGCAGAAAAUGAUGGGUUAGAGGGGAACGACAAAUAUUACUUUUCAGACAUGACAGUGGAAAGUGAAGAAGAGUACACCCCUUUGCCUAAGAAGCCGACCACUACUCAAAAACAAACGCCAAUUACGAACAAGGCCAAGGAUACGAAGAAACUAGUGGAGUCGUAUUUAAGCUUGGAAUCUUUGCCAGAAGCUCACGAAGAAGGUUUAGAUAAAGUCUCGUUAGUCGACUCAAAAAAACAGAAUCUACCGAAAAAACCGAGUGUUGAUAAAGAUUUCAAAAGGGAUUACUGGAGGCUGAAGGGUCUAGAUAUGUGA